AUGGGUAACUUCUUCGCGAAACUGCUACCAUCCCCAACCCUGCCUACGGACCAGGCAGACAGGGCUCCUGAUCAGCAACCCGACCAGGCCCCUCAGAUUGAUACUAUCUCUGAAGAUGCUGAAGACCAGGGUACUCAGCCUGAUUCUGUCUCUGGAGAUGCCGAAGACCAAGCCGUUCAACGUGAUGCCGUCUCUGAAGGUAUUGAAGAGGGAAAGGCCGCAUACCAACCUGGCGGCUUCCAUCCAGUGUAUAUCGGAAACAUCUUUAACGACAGAUACAAGGUCCUCAACAAGAUUGGCUACGGCCAGUAUUCCACAGUCUGGCUAGUCAAGGACUUGCAAGCUAGCGGCAAUGAACCAAGCGCUUUUCGGGCAUUGAAGGUGCUGAGCGCGGUAUGCUACAGCCAGGGAUACGACACCUUUGAGAAGGAGAUUCUCACCCAUCUUCGAGAUGGGGAUCGUGACCAGCUGGGCUACAACUAUGUUUGUCACCUUGUCGAUAAUUUUGAGCAUCAGGGCCGAAAUGGCACCCACACAUGCCUUGUGUUUGAACUCAUGGGCGAGACACUUCGCAGCUUCGGCGUUUGGUUCUCUGAGCACAUGAUCCCACCUUCAAUCAUGCACAGAUUUGCGAUUCAGCUGGUACUGGCCCUUGACUUUGCCCAUGAACACGACGUUAUCCAUACAGAUAUCAAACCGGAUAACAUCUUUGUCAAGUUUCGUGAUCACUCGCUGAUCGAGUCUGGAUAUCUUAAGGAAGUCCCCAUUCCAGAGCAAGACCGAGAAGAGACUCAGUACUGUCCAGUCCCUUCACAGCCUCUCCGUGGGUACUACUUCGAUACCGAAACUAUUCGUGCAGAUCAGUUCGACAUUGCACUGGGUGACUGGGGAGUCUCUAGCUGGACUACAAAGCAUCUCUGUGAGACAAUCCAACCGGUGGCCCUUCGGUCUCCCGAGGUCCUUAUCGGGGCUCCCUGGAGUGCCUCAACUGAUUGGUGGAAUUUGGGUGCUGUCCUUAUCGAGGUCUUUCGCGCUGUUCGACUAUUUGAUGGCGGAGUUCCCCCGGACGGACACUACGAGCUCAAGGAGCACUUGAUUGAGAUUGUUGACCUUUUCGGGCCCUUCCCCAAGGCACUCCUUGAGAAGGGAAAUCAAGAUGUUGUUCGUGACCUGUUUGACGAAGAGGGAUGCGUCAAGGACGCGGAACCAUAUGAAGGGCCUGGCCUGGAAUCAGAGGCUUACCUGCCUGGCCUGAGCCUGGAGAUGAAGGCAGACUUUUCUUCGUUUCUAGACCUGAUGAUGAAGAUCGACCCCGAAGAGCGCCCUUCGGCAAUGGAUCUCUUGCGACAUCCUUGGUUAAAUGCAGUUCGUUAG